UUUUUUUUUUCUCUCUUUCUUUUUUCCCUUUUUAUUAUACAAAUACAUACACAAAAUGAAUCAUGCCGGGCCAAUGCCAUCGAUGAGCACACCACUGUUCCAGCAUACCGAUAGAAGGACCGAAGAAAGACAGAGAAGAAGAAGACACACAAUCAUUCAUCGACCUGAUUCGGGCAUGGGAUUACUAUCAGAUAUGGAAGACACAGAUGAUAUUGAGGGACAAGAGACAUUUGAUCGGAUAUCAGGUAUAUUGUCUAGUUUAAUACAAGAAGCCAAUGAAGCAGUGCAUGGUCCAGAAGUUGAGCGCGUAUUAACGAGUCAUAGUAACAAAAAAAAGAUCUUAACGACCAGUCCCAUCACCAUAACAACCUCAGAAAGCAGUAAAAUACCUCGACCUAGCAACCGAAAGAGUCGCACUCCUCAUCACAUUCGUAAUGUCAGUACAUCAUCUUCAUCGAGUUCCACAACCACCUGCUCAAAUUUAUUCUCUCCAAUCUCAGCUAGUACCAGUACAACAACAUCAAGAUCUCCUUCCCCAAUUAUAAAUAAAGCCUUUCGACAAUAUACCGUCCUGCGUCCCAGAUCAUGUCCUGUGGUAGCUGUCCAACGAAGAUCAAUGACGCCUAUGGUGAAGCAACAUCAUCAAAAACGAAAUAACAAUAAUAGUAAAAUUGAUCCCAUCACAGAGUCCUUUAAGCGCUUGGAUUCCUCCAUGGCUUUGGUUGAUUCUCUCUCACGUGAUUUAGCCGUAUCGACUCACAACAAUAGCGAAUCGAAUCUAACCUUGUUACUCUUGGUGCCUUUAUUACAUAUACCACAUUCAUUGAUCACCAUGAUUUUCGACUUUUGCACGGCCAAUCCAACGAGUCCUAAUUACAAGUCGUUUAGCAUGUCAUCCAUGUUUUUCUGGGCCUGUGUUUUUGCAGUCACCAAUCUCAUGGUGGAUCAGGUUGCUGUCCUACCCAAACACUACUUGACCAUAUCGAGUCAAAAGCAAUCUACACGACGUAUGUCAUUGCCCGGUACCUAUGAAAAACCAUUGCCGCCAAAGCGACGACAGAAGCAGACAUGGAUUCCUACUACCGUACAAAAAUCGCCCUUUUGUCUUGAAAAGCCUUGUGUUCAGAGAAGAAAUUCCAUUUAAGCUACCUUUAUCCCAUUUUCAAUUUUUUUUUAAAGCAAACAAAAAAAAAUAAAAAUUUUAUAUGUAUAUGUGUGCGUGUGUCCCCUCCCCUUUUUAUACUUUCGGGUGAUACCAAUGCUUGUUACCUGCAUGCGCGGAUCCUCAAAUAUCUCUCUCUCUCUCUUUAUAUAAA